AUGUUGUUCAUGAUCGCGUCGCUCGCGGCGCUCGGGGGGUUUCUCUUCGGCUACGACCUCGGCCUGAUCGCCGGCGCCUUGCUCUACAUGGAGCCCGAUCUGCGACUCACGGAGGCGUCGGAAGAGCUGAUAGUCGGGAUGGCAAAGCUGGGCGCGGUCUUCGGCACGUUCGUCGGCGGCGCGCUGAUGCAGGAGCACGGCAGAAGGAAGGCCAUCGCGUGGAACAGCGGUUUCUUCCUCCUCGGGCCGUUUAUCAUGGCCGUGGGCGACGACGCCGCGACGGUCUCCCUGGGAAGGUUCGUGGUGGGGAUGGGGGUGGGGGCAUCCGCAGUCGUGGUCCCGGCGUACGUUGCCGAGAUGGCGCCGAAGGACCGGCGCGGGUCCGUGGUGACCGUAUACGAGCUGAUGGUGUGCUUGGGCAUGAUAACCUCCGGGCUCGUGGACUGGGGGCUGCGGGGCGUCGAGCACAGCUGGCGGUGGAUGGUGGCGAUGCCGAUGUUCCCGGCGGUUUUGAUGCUCGCCGGGUCCGCCGCGCUGCCCGAGUCGCCGCGGUGGCUCGUCAUCCGCGGGAGGCUUCGCGACGCGCUCGACGUCAUCCACUCCCUGCGCGAGGGUUCCGGGGUGGACAGGGACGGGGAGGACGUCAGCACGGCUGCCGUGGAAGCCGAGCUGAUGGAGCUGUGGUCGGCGGUGGAGAAGGAACGCGCCCAAGUCGGAGAGCCCGCCGGAGAGCCCGACGCGAGCGCCGCCGCUGACGUAGGCGCCGCCGCCGACGUCCCCGCGCAAAAGUCGGCCACUAGUAGCGGGAUCCACGGGCGCGGGAUGCUCGCCGUCGGGAUCCAGAUGUUGCGCGACAUCCGGGGCUUAACCUCGGGUCCCGAGCGCAACGCUUUCGCGAUUGCACUGUGGCUGGCGUUCUUCAACCAGGCCACGUGCUCCACCUCGGUCAUCAACUUCGCUCCCGAGGUUCUCGAACGCGUGGGCGUCGACUCGAAAGACGACGCCGUGCUCCUCGCGUCCGCGGUGUCGCUGUGUAAGCUCCUCGGCGUCUCCGCGUCGAUGUUUUUGGUGGACAGGGCGGGCCGCCGGACGCUGCUCCUCGUCGGGUCGCACGCCGCGGCGGCGGCGAUGGCCGGCCUGGCGAUCGCCUACGACGCGGGCGACGCGUUCGGGUCCUUGCUGUGCAUGUGUGUCUUCAUGCUCGCGUUCAGCGCCAGCUGGGCCGGGGUGUUUUGGGUCGUGCUGUCGGAGCUGUUCAGCAUGCGGGUCAAGUCGGCGGCGGUGUCCGCGGCGGCGGCGACGCUCUUCGCGACGGGCGCGUUCACGGAUUUCGUGUUCCUGUCCGCGGCGAGGGCGAUGGGCGGGUGGGCGUUCGGGGCGGUCGCGUGCGUGUGUGUGUGCGCCGGAGUCUACGUGCAACGGAACUUGCCGGAGACGGCGGGAAAAUCGCUCGCCGAGGUUCAGGCGGUGAUGGCGGCGGGCACGGGAGCACGCGGGGAAGGGCCGGGAUGGCUGACGCGGCUGCGCCGGGGCCCCGCCGCGGGUGGGAGGUACGUGGAGAUGUCGUAG